CGCGUGCAAGGAGAGGGUGGGUACGAUGUACAUGUACAUGUACAACGUACGUACAGUGAUUUUUGACCACACUUGAUCUGAUGAUCGUCGUCGAUAGAGUCCUGUUCCGUUCCGCGCGCCUUCUGAACAGUAUUUGGCACAGUUUACCUCCUUUUCGCACCAUGUUGAAGCUUGGGAUCUUCGGUGGCUUGGCAGCCUUUCUGAGGGGUUAUUUUGAGUUGGAAUGGCGCACUGUCGGGGUUGUGGUGGUGACGGUGUAUUUGGCAACGGGCGGUUGGAGAUUUGCCAAAAUUCUGGUCCGUACAUUUCCACGUGAUGCGAAGGCCCUGGUUGCAUUGGUUCGACUGAGGCUGACCUUGAGGAGGCGACAGCAGAACCGCGAGUUUGUGCACAGCGUCUUCGAGAGGCGUGCCCUGCUCCACCCAGACAAGGUGGCCUUCCGCUGCGAGGACGAGGUCUGGACCUUCCGGCAGGCCAAUGACUUCUCCAACGCCGUUGCCAACUACUUCUUCGAGAAGGGCCUGCGCAAAGGCGACACGGUAGCCAUCUUUAUGGAAACCCGGCCCGAGUUCCCGUGCUUCUGGCUAGGCCUGUCCAAGAUUGGCGCAGUGGGGGCACUGAUCAACUUCAACCUGAGACAGGACAGCCUGGUGCACUGUGUCAAAGUCGCUGAGCCCAAGGCGGUGAUCUAUGGAGCGGAGCUGACCGAGGCCAUUAGGGACGUGAGGUCAGAGUUCGGGCGCAAUAUCCCUUUCUACUGCACCGGGGGAUACAUAGACGCAGGCUUUCCUGCCGUGAACCUUGACCCAGAGCUCAAGAGUACAUCCACACUUCCAGCCCCAGUGGUUCUUGGAAGAAAGUUCACAGAUAAUCUGUUCUACAUAUACACCUCCGGAACGACAGGCCUGCCCAAAGCAGCCAGAAUUACGCAGAUCAGGUUCAUGUACAUGGCCUACGGCAUUCGAUAUGCCUACAACUUCAGAUCUGACGAUAUCAUCUACAACACCAUGCCACUGUACCACUCGGCUGGCGGGAUCGUCGGCAUGGGCCAGGUGGUCUUGAAUGGCUCCACCAUGGCCAUGAGGAAGAAGUUCUCGGCCAGCAGGUUCUGGGACGACUGCAUCAAAUACCAGGCCACGAUUGUCCAGUACAUCGGAGAGAUCUGCCGCUACAUUUUGGCUCAGCCCCACAAGCCAGUAGACACACAACACAAGGUCCGCUCUGCCCUCGGGAAUGGUCUCCGGCCGCAGAUUUGGAAGGAGUUCCAGUCACGCUACAACAUCAAACAGAUUUGCGAGUUCUAUGGAUCCACGGAGGGCAACAGCAACAUAGUGAACAUCACGGGCAAACCAGGAGCCGUGGGCUUCGUCUCGCUGUUGGUACCCAGCGCCCUACCCCUCAGCCUGCUGAAGGUGGACGAAGGCACCGGGGAGGUGAUACGGGGUCCGGAUGGCCUCUGCAUCCAGUGCAAACCAGGUGAGAGCGGCCACAUGAUUGGCAAGAUUAAAGUUGGCAAUCCCAUUGCCAACUUUGACGGCUACGUCAGCAAGCAAGCCACCGACAAGAAGAUCAUCUAUGACGUCUUCAGGAAGGGAGACCAAGCCUUUCUGUCGGGAGACAUUUUGGUCAUGGAUCAGGAUGGCUACAUGUUCUUCAGGGAUCGCUCAGGGGACACUUUCCGCUGGCGUGGGGAGAACGUCUCGACAUCGGAGGUUGAGGGCACCAUCCAGAAGCAUGUGCAACUGAGCGAUGCCGUGGUGUACGGUGUUGAGAUACCGGGAAUUGAAGGCAGGGCUGGUAUGGUUGCCAUUGUGGACACCGAAGGGACCCUGGAUCUAGUCCAAUUGAACCAGAGUCUCAAGUCGUCGCUGCCGCCAUAUGCUCGACCUCUAUUCAUCCGUGUCACGCGAGAAGUCGACACUACAGGCACUUUCAAGUUGAAAAAGGUUGACCUGCGGAAGGAGAACUUUGACCCAAGGAAGGUCGGCGAGGACAAGCUCUUUUACAUGAAUGGCAAGGAGUUCGUUCCCCUGACGCCCAGCAUACAUGAGGACAUCCUUGCUGGAAAAAUCCGAUUCUAGACAUUGCAUCGAAAAAGAUUCUGUUUACAUUUGAUGCUCAGACACUAGCUCAUGUAAAAAAAAAAAGUUGUGUAAUCAGAAAUGUAAUUAUUGUCUGAGGAAUGAGUUUGUUGACCUCUGUGUUGCCCACUUUCGAAGCAGUUGACCUGAAAGUGACCGACUCUGGCAGAACCUGAUGCUUCUUACCAUUGUCCAUUACACUGUAUGGUUCUGCAACAUUAAAAUUCCAUUUCGAUUGUAAUUUCAAAAUCCAUGUCUUUGUCAGAUUUUAUCCAAACUUCCUCAAACGCACAUCCAAUGAAAGUUUGUUUAUACGUACACGACAGUGAUCCCUAACCCCAAUUUUGAAUUUUCACCCCUAGUGUUUUGCUAGAGCUGGUCACGUAUAUUGGAAGAUAUCUGUUUAUACCUUGUACCUAAUCUGUGAGUGGCAUGCAUCUGCGUCAUUGGGAAAUGUUCCAGUGUGUCACAGUAAAACCGAAUGACUCCUGUUCAACAACCUGACUUUGGGGAGUUGAGUUUUUAAGAAAGUUGUUCUUUCCUUGCCUUUCACCUCUGUGGCCCGGGUUCAAUUCCCGACUCAGUCCACAUGAAGAUUGGGUUUUCAGUCCGUACCUGAUUCUAAGGGUUUUACCCAGAAUAUUUUCCUGGGCUUUUCCCCCCACCUCUAAAACUAGAACAGCUUCUCAUGCAAGUCUCCUCUCUCCAGAUGUGGGCCGUUUGGUGGCUGCUUGGGUUGCCCCUGUAAGCCUUUGUUGUAAAUCCGAAGGCCUCCAUGGACAGCUGUGCUGUCACUGAUUGGAGCUUCGCCUCAUUAAAGAUGACACAACUAAAUGUUCAGUCUACUCCUCACAAGCACGUAUCUAUCCAGUUUGUCACACGUGCACUGUAUAGCUGUAAAAAGGAUACAUCAGCUCCUAGAUGCUUGACUGCAACGACAGUGAUCUUGAGUCAGGCUAUUUACGAACCAUACGAAUACCAUCAAACCAAUUGCACUAUCAGUGUUUCUGUCAUCGGUAUUUCAUGGAAGUGUUGUGAAAGAAGUGGAGUAUUUGAGUUUUUAAGAUGCCAAAAGACAUUUCAAUGAUUUUCGAUUUGUUUAAUCGUUGAGAAGCAAAAUAUGUCAUUAAAAAACAAAAUGUUGACCAAGUUUACCCUCUUUCUUUUCUUGGAGAUACAGCACAGUGUCGUUUUAACAAACACGACAGGAUCCACACGAAAUAUUGGGUGAAGUGAGAAUCGGCCAACAUCUGGACACCAGUAAUUUGUUUCCUCUGUUUCCACCUGUGUCCGUACAAAAAGAGGCAUCCAAGGUUUAGACUUAAAUGAGAUCCAGUUAAUGAGUGGUUACAAACAGGCAAAUAGCAGUGUCCUUACAUGUACGUGUGUAUGGUAUAAAAAGUAAAGCAUGGGCCAGAAAUUUCUCCUCAAAAGCUGGAGUGAGAAGCGUCAAGUUGGAAAAAUGAACGGCUAGAAACCUGUACAAGGAAAAGCUGUCGUCCAGAUUGCAUAGACAGCAAGCAGUGUGUGUUCAUGACACUGGAUUUUUAUAUCAAUUUUUCUUUGAAGUAACUGCCCCCUUUAGAAAUUGUCGGCCUAUAUUAAUACGAGAACUUUAUCGAGCUGUAUGUAGCUCACUGCAUAAAAAAAAGAAUGAGGAACGAUUGAAGUGGAAUUGUGUCUUACUCUUUUCCUAAUGGAGAGCCAGGGCCGGGGAUGUUUCAAAAUACAGGUUGCGAUGUUCUGGAUAUAAUUAUUAGAGUUUCUAAAAGUUUCCCAAAGUUCCAUUUUGAAUUUUAGAAAAAUUGAUUACAGUUGUCUCGACAACGUUAAGUACUGAUGCAGUUCACUGUUUUUGUGUUUGCAGAAUAAACUGACGAGUCUGUGUUCUUUGGAGCAGA